UUAAAGGGAACAGUUUCAGAGUGAUAGUUUAAAGGGAACAGUUUCAGAGUGAUGGUUUUAAAGGGAACACAUUUUCAGAGUGAUGGUUUUAAAGGGAACACAGUUUCAAAGUGAUAGUUUAAAGAGAACACAGUUUCUGAGUAAAGGGAACACAGUGUCUGAGUAAAGGGAACACAGUUUCAAAGUGAUAGUUUAAAGAGAACACAGUUUCUGAGUAAAGGGAACACAGUUUCUGAGUAAUAGUUUAAAGGGAACAGUUUCAGAGUGAUGGUUUUAAAGGGAACACAGUUUCAGAGUGAUAGUUUAAAGAGAACACAGUUUCCCUUCCCCUUCAAAAACACCAUAAACUGGGGAAGAUCAGGAAAGGUUAUAUGACUAUAUUGCCAUUUUGAGCAAAGCUUGAACUGGGUUGCCAUGGGGUCUUGAAACUGAAUGUGGGAGUUGCGAAAUUGUGAUUUAAUAUAAGUAAAUGUUUGGUUAAUAUACCCAUUUAACGUCCCUAUAUUCUCACGGUUGCAUUACAAUUUUUUGGUUGAAAAGGGGUUGCAAGUGGAAAAAGUUGAAGAAGCCCUGUUUAGAAGCGUCCUACUACAGUACUCCCUUGGCUUGCAUAGAUUCAAGCAUGGAAAAUUUGGACAACAGAAAAGAGGUGGUUCUUCUGGCCUGUGGCUCUUUUAAUCCCAUCACCAUCAUGCACCUGCGACUGUUUGAGCUGGCCAAGGACUACAUGAAUGAGACAGGACAAUAUAAUGUUAUUAAAGGCAUCAUUUCCCCUGUUGGUGAUGCAUAUAAGAAGAAAGGCCUGAUCAGUGCCCAACACAGAAUUAAGAUGGCAGAGCUCGCCACCCAGUCCUCCAAAUGGCUGGAGGUAGACACCUGGGAAAGUUGCAGCAAGGACUGGCUAGAGACAGCCAAAGUGCUGAGCUACCAUCAGCAGAGACUGGAAGCCGAGAACUUUAACAAUAGCAUUGUGAGCCCUCCUUCCCCAAUACUUCCUGGAGGGAAGAGGAAGAGGAUUGAUGACAUAGAUGCAGGUGAACCGAAGCCCUCAGCACCACAAAAAAAGGGUCCACCAGAGUUAAAGUUGCUGUGUGGGGCAGAUUUUCUGGAGUCUUUUGCUGUUCCCAACUUGUGGAAGCCAGAGGACAUCGCCACCAUUGUGGCAAAGUACGGGCUUGUGUGCAUCACCCGGUCUGGAAAUAACACCAAGAAGUUUAUCUACGAGUCGGAUGUUCUUUGGAAGCACAGGAGCAACAUUCACCUGGUGAACGAGUGGAUCACCAAUGAUGUCUCGUCCACAAAGAUUCGGCGCGCUCUGAGGAGAGGCCAGAGCAUCCGCUACCUGGUGCCCGAGGCAGUCCAGCAGUACAUCGAGAAGUACAAUCUGUACAGCACAGAGAGUGAGGACAAUAACGCAGGCUGUAUUCUCGCUCCAUUUCUGAAAAACAAGUAGCAGGCAAGCCACCAGCCAUGGCUGUCCUUCAGGAUCGCCAUCUCUGGAGGGCAAGUAACUCAGGUUUUAGCAGAUAGGAUCUUGUUUCAUAAACAAGAGUUAAAAGUUACAAUAUAAUAAAAAUUACAAGUUUUGCUUUUUUAUCUGAAAUUUACCUUGGCUAUGAUGAAUGAUAUAGUUUGAGAUAAUUUUUUUAACUUUAGAUUACUUUGCCCAAGCCAUGACUUUUACCUCCUUCACGGAUCCAGCUAGCAGUUCCAGGACAUUUCAUCUUGUGUGAAUCUUAGUAUGGCUUUCCACAAGCCUGCCAUGGAGGAUCUUCUCAGUCACAGAAGUGUCUCUUCUUCAAUUUUAGCCUUGGGAGAAUUCCUGGCCUAAAUCUGUGUCCUAGUCAUCAGGAAGAAGCUCUCCGGCUUCAAGAUGAGAUUCUGAAAGUAAAUAAGGCACGUGGCGUGUUUGCUGUAAAUAAAAAGACAAACUCGGGUCCUAGUUUGACUAUUCCAGCCAAGCAAAACCAAACCAUUGCUCUGUCUAAAACCUCUGUGGUGUAAUAGCCUGAAUUGGUCUAGAGUGACUCCAGAACAGGAUUCUUAAAACAAUACUUUAAAGAAAAACUCCAUUGAGCAUCCCCAACUGUGCCAAAAAUUAACUAGAAGAUCACUGAAUGGGCGGAUCUGUGAUAUCUGGUGUGGUAUGGGAGGAAGCUGGCCUCCAGGUGAUCUCUGCUGACCACGUGAUCGAUCCUGGACAGAGCCCCACCUUUUUCCAGCCCCAGGCUUGACGCCUAGGUGUGCAGUGUCCCAUGAGCAUAAAACUCAAAUCUGAAUGGGGGAAAAGAACUGCAUUAUUAGCUGGCAUCUAUAUAGUACUUUAAGGUUCACAAAGAUUUACAAAUAUUACCUCGCUUAACCCUCACAUCGUCCCUGUAAGGUAACUGAUACUGUUAACUCCAUUUUAUAGAGGAAGAACCUGAGACAUAUUAAUUGUUUUACCCAGGGUUACACAGCUAGUAUGUGUGUCUAAGACAGGAUUUGAACUCGGGUGUCCCUAACUCUAGGUCCAGCACUAUACCCGUUAGCUAUCAAGAGCUUUUAAUUUAAUUAAGAUUGAUGUUCCUAAUUUAUCCUAGGGAUAAUAUUUAUGAUAUAAUAUGAAAUUGGGUGGUGUGUCUUGAAUAUCCCUAAUUUCCUGUUGAUAAUCCAGGAAUUUGUUUGAAUCACAUUUAAGUCUUUUUUAAUUGAUUGAUAGCUUUUCAUCACAUCACCUACAUUUUCUGCAGUAUCCCUGUAACAUUCUAUUUUCUUAUGUUUCAUUUUUUUCAUAGGAAUUUGAAUAGAAUCAAAUUAUUGUCAGUAAUGCUAUUGUUUAUAAAAUAAUGCACUCAAAGGUCAUUCUAGAGUUGAGCUCAUACUUUGUUCAAAAAACACUAGCUUAUUUUAGGGGUCCUUAGAGAUGAAAGUUCGUUAAGUCUUAGAAAGUCAUUGAAGGAAGAAAGGAAGCAGCUUUUUAUGGCACAGCAUUGGUAUUUCCUAAUGAUGGUUUCCAGCUCUGAUAGAACUAAAAGGAAUAAAGUUCAAGUUUCCUAAAAAACAUCCUGGGAUCAGGAGCAUAUUUCACCCUUCCAGCCUGGUCAGAACUUGAAAUAAAGUUGGGAAACAAGAGGCUUAAACUUAGACCCGUUAGCACUUCUCAAAAACUACCCCGAAUGUGUGUAGGCCAUGGGAAACCCCUUCUCGGGACACUGAGUCACUACAAUUGUGUUCUUGCCUUCUCUUAUGAAGAAUGAAUUGUGACUGCAGGUGGCAUUGGGAAGCCUUGACUAAGAAGAGGCAAGAACUAUUCAGUCAUAACCUCUGAUGUUC